GGGAGCAAAGCAGGACAAGUUUGGGCGCCUGAGGGAUCAACAGCUUUCAAGUGUCUCAUCUCAGCCAGGUUCUGUGCAGCUCUUUUAAGCAACAUCUCUGAUUGUGAUGAGACGUUUAACUAUUGGGAACCGACACACUACCUCGUUUAUGGAAAGGGGUUUCAGACAUGGGAAUACUCUCCAGCCUAUGCCAUCCGCUCCUAUGCUUACCUGUGGCUUCAUGCCUUACCAGCCUUGUUCCAUGCUAGAGUUCUACAAACUAACAAGGUUCUUAUCUUCUAUUUCCUCCGAUGCUUCCUGGCCUUCCUGAGCUGCAUUUGUGAACUCUACUUCUAUAAGGCCGUGUGCAAGAAAUUUGGGCUACAUGUGAGCCGGCUGAUGUUGGCCUUCUUAGUACUCAGCACUGGGAUGUUUUGCUCAUCUGCAGCUUUCCUCCCAAGCAGUUUCUGCAUGUACACCACAGUGAUUGCCAUGACUGGCUGGUAUAUGGACAAGACCUCUGUAGCAGUGCUGGGGGUGGCCGCUGGAGCCCUUCUGGGCUGGCCCUUCAGUGCAGCUCUUGGGCUUCCUAUUGCCUUUGACUUGUUGAUACUGAAGCAGAGGUGGAAAAGUUUCCUAAACUGGUGUGUGGUGUCAUUGAUCCUGUUUUUGGUGCCCUUGGUAGUUGUGGACAGCUAUUACUAUGGGAAGCUGGUAGUUGCACCUCUCAACAUUGUUUUAUACAAUGUCUUCACCUCUCAUGGACCUGAUCUCUAUGGUACGGAACCCUGGUCCUUCUAUUUCAUCAACGGCUUUCUGAAUUUCAACGUGGCAUUUAUUUUGGCGCUGCUUGUGCUGCCACUGACUUGUCUCAUGGAGCGUCUGCUUCAGAAAUUUCAUGUUCAGAAUCUGGGCCGUCCCUACUGGCUGACACUAGCUCCUAUGUACAUUUGGAUCAUGAUUUUCUUCAGUCAGCCCCACAAAGAAGAGAGGUUUCUCUUUCCCAUCUAUCCCCUCAUCUGUCUCUGCGGUGCUGUGGCUCUGUCUGCUCUUCAGAAAUGUUACCACUUCAUAUUCCAGCGCUACCGUCUGGAACACUACACAGUCUCCUCCAACUGGCUGGCUCUGGGGACUGUCUUUCUCUUUGGCCUUUUGUCAUUGUCACGCUCUGUUGCCUUAUUCAGAGGCUACCACGGGCCCCUGGACCUGUACCCAGAAUUUCACAGGAUUGCUACUGACCCAAGUAUUCACACUGUGCCAGAGGGGAGACCAGUUAAUGUCUGCGUGGGAAAGGAGUGGCACAGAUUUCCAAGCAGCUUUCUCCUGCCAGAUAAUUGGCAGCUCCAGUUUAUCCCGUCAGAAUUCAGGGGCCAGUUACCAAAACCAUUUGCCAAAGGACCAAUGGCCACACGGAUCAUUCCCACUGACAUGAACGACCAAAACAAGGAAGAGCCAUCUCGAUAUGUCCUCAAAGCUGCUGCGUGCAUUCUACGUCCCUCUUCUCUCAGAACAGUACACAUGGUAUGCAAACUACACUAUUCUGAAAUCCCGGAGGUCGAGGCAAACCAGGAAAAAAAUGGGAGGCUAGCAACACACCUGGGCAACAAAACCAAAAGCAUCUGCUGACACUCUUGGACAGCUGCCUAAGCCAUCUUCAGUUCGUUUUUGAAAGAUUGCACUUGUAAGAUUCACUAAUAAAGAUUUCCCAUGAAG